UGUGUGAUGACCAAACACUGCAAUGGUGCAUAGAGACUUUUAUUGAGGGCAGGUAGUAUUAUUAAUGAUAUAUAAUACGGCUUUCAAUCUUCACUUCCACCUCAAUCAUCAUCAACGAUCACUCCUUCCUCUUGCCUGUAAGGCUUCCAUUCCAAAAUGACCUCUCCCCUUCUUCUCUUGUUUGUCAUGCUCGCCGUGACAAGCAUACCAAUCAAAGCGGAUAAAUCACCUAAUCCCGCCGCUAUUUCCUAUUCUGGUUGCUCGCUAAAGCAACCUCUAGACUGCAAUUCACAUUCAGACGAUGAUAUUCAGAUGGGAGAAUGCUGGUCGAACUCCAGAGUGAUGCAACAAAAGAGCGCAUUCUUUGUUCCUUACCCGCCUGGUCAUCAAAGCUACCAUAGUGAAGGUGGUCCUUAUGGUGGUUGUACAGCUUAUGCAUGCUAUCCGUCAGAGGGUGAUAUGCAAGAAGAGGCUAAUUUAUCAAAUUUUUGCUUCUUUUGGGAUGGUAAAGAUCAUACCGUUAUUCCAAAUGGUGGCUUGCAACGUCGUGGCUUGGCUGAACGUGAUGCAUCUGCAAGUGCUGCUGCAGAUCCCAAUGCAAGUCCAAAUAUGACAACGACUACACCGGAUCCAACAACGAUGGGUACAACGGGCACGGCUGAUCCGAAUGCGGGUGCAACAACUGAUCCAAACAAUGUUCCAGCAACAACAAGUGCAGAUCCUCCAGCUGAUCCGACUAUGAACUCAAGUGGAACAAGCAAAGGCAAGAGCAAGAAAAUUCAUAAGCACAAGCCGAAAAAGAUGAAGAAAAAGAAAAAACAUCACGGUCAUCGCCCUACCCAUAAGAAGCACAAGGAUUCAACCGGAACAGAUAGUACCGGAACACCAGGUGGUUCAGGAUCAGACAGCACUGGAACGCCAGCAAAUGGUUCUGGAACAGAUGCUACGGAUCCAACUACAGCUGGUACAAUGAACAAUGGUACAUCGACUGAUUCUGCUGCCGGCACUGCACCAGGUCCUGCAACUGAUACAACUGGUACAACUGGUACCGGAACAGCCACUGCAGAUCCAAAUGGAACAGGUGCAACUGAUACUGGUACCACCACCGAUGCCACAGCCGCUCCUGCAGCUGAUCCUACAACAGGUACUGGCACAACAACUGAUCCUACAGCAAAUACUGGAUCAGAUGCGACUGCACCAACUGGAACAGGACCAACAGAUACCGGUACCACGACCGAUACGACAGCCGCCCCUGCUACCGAUCCUACAGCCGAUAGUGGUAAUUCCGCUCCUGAUCCAAAUGCAACGGGCGCAAGUAGUACUGGUACCACUACUGACAAUACAGCUGCCCCUGCUGCUGGACCUACAACAGAUACAGGCACAGGCACAACACCUGAUCCCACAACGAAUACUGGAACAGAUGCGACUGCUCCAACUGGAACAGGACCGACAGACACCGGUGCCACGACGGAUAACACAGCCGCCCCUGCAGCUGACCCUACAACUGAUACGAGCGGAGCAAAUACAUCAGGAACAGGUGUCACGGCUGCAGUCGGAGGCACCAACGAUGAUAUCACAGCUUCGGUAUCAACAGGUACUGGUGAUCCAGGAAAUGGCAGCUCGGAAUCAAGCGCUACUUCUUCCACUGGCACAGCUUCUGACCGCAAGAAGACAAAGAAGACAAAGAAACCGAAGAAAGUCAAGAAACCAAAGCAGGCCAAGAAGAAAAAGAGUCCCGCAUCCGGUGGUGGCUCAUCCGGCGGAAGCGAAGGCGGCGGUUCAGGUUCUUACACGCCUCCUGCUUCUACUUCUUCAUUGCCAAAAGCGCCCGGGAAAGUAGUCAUUCCAAUUCCAAUGAUUUGUCCAAGUAAUCUUGAAAAUUGUUAUUCGGCAAAUUAUUUCGAACCAGGUGGAAAAUUGGAAGUUUAUGCUAAUUUAGUGCCAACAUAUGAAGGUCUUUGGUUCCCGCCAAAACAUGAUCAUCAAUUCAUGUUUUGUAAAGGUUUAGGUUUGGGUUGUCCUACUCCAACUAUGCGUGAAUUGCAAUUGCAACAUAUCGGUGAUCAACAUUGUGAUACGUCCAAAUGCAAGGUACCACCGAACAGCAAUUGAAAGUUCGCUAUUCAGUGACCUCUUCAGCUUGGUCGAUUUGAUCGUGACCAAAUCCUCUUUCUUGAUCCUCCAAUGUAUUAUUUACUCUAAACAUACACUUUACGCUC